AUGACCCCACGAAGCAUCAAAGAACACGCAACUCCCGAAAGCUCGGUGGAGCAGCAGGACACCGCAAACGGGGUACGUCCUAAGGAUACGCCCAGGAAAGUGUCGGGCGGGCGCUCGCCGGGUUCGGACAGCGACGAAAACUCGAAAUGGAUUCACCGCGACAAGCUCGCCAAGAUAGAGAGCGCAGAGCUGCAGGCCGCAGGGAUAUUUAUUCCCCGCCAAAGGGAUGAUAGGGCGAGGUCAAAGAGCCAAAACAGGCCGAGGCGGGAUCAGAGCCAAGAUAAGAUGAACGGAUCGGGCAGGUCGAUUGGAGGCUCCGAGUACACAGUCUCAAGGUCGAGGAAGAACUCGGCCGCGACGACAACAGACGCAAGGCUCCUCGACCAACCGGCCACUCCCAGCUGGGAUCUGAGGCGGCCUGAGGAGAUUCUGGAAGAAGUCGACGGGCACUGGGUGGCCAACGGUAACGGGAAAGGCUCGUCCCGGAUACCCGUGGCAAAGACCAGCCCAGUGCCUCUACCAAACGAGCACCUCGCACGAGACACGAGGCUGGCGCGGAAACGAGAUGGCAGCCCUGGCGAGGAGGAUAGUAUAACGUACCCCAAACCCCGUACGAGGAGUGGUAGCACAGGCAACGCACUGGGGCUUGCAAAGGCGCCAGGCACGACUUCGACUCCACAGCCCAAACGACCAGAUUCCUCCCCGAAGAAGCCCGGCGCUGUCACUACGGCGAGAAAACCGAAGCCGGCCAACGGCGCCGCAGGACGACCAAAGACGCGAGGCGGCCCGAGCAAGGACUCGACAAACGGUGGCAACGGCGCAACUCGACCGUCCACCCGAUCCGGCGAACGUGAGUUCUCCACCGGCAACUCCAAACCGAUGGAGGGCGAACCUCCAUGGAUGGUUUCGGCUUAUCGGCCCGACCCACGGCUGCCGCCAGACCAGCAGUUGCUACCAACGGUGGCGAAGCGGUUGCAGCAGGAGAAGUGGGAGCGGGAGGGCAAAUUCGGGAGCAUUUACGACAAAGAGUUUAGGCCGCUCACUGACGAGGGCUUCCUCAAGCCCCCCGAAGGCGGCGCCCAGGAUAAGGAGACUGAGAAGGAAGCCGAGGAAGAACAAAACGAGGAGCAGGGAGACUGGCCACUGAAAGCAGAACCCAAGAGCCCGACGCUUCCCGGGAGAACAAAUUCUUACUCCACCAUGCCCAGGAUUUCCGACACACCGGCGGCCAAUUCUCUAUCGAGCCCCAGGGCGCCCGCGCAUCAAACCCAGCCGUCACAAACACCGGGCUUGCCAGAGCCCGCCGAGGAGCCCGAGGACAAGAAAGCAGGCUGCGGUUGCUGUAUCGUGAUGUGA